AUGACAAGUUUAAUUUUGGACUAAUCAUUUAAGUUAGUUCCAGACUAAAAUAUCGCAUUAGUUUUUGAUCAAGCCGUACAUCUUUGAUUUAUAUUUAGCUCAAUGUAAAUGAUGAUUAUUUGAGGUUAUAAAAAAUUACAGAGGGCAUAAAAUAUGUAACUUAAAAAUUACCAUAAGCAACAACAUUUUCAAGUUCAAAACUAUUGUUUUAAUGUAAAUUUGAUUUCAAUAAUUUCAUAGUAUUGUGUUUAUAUCCCUUUUAAAAAUCAAACAUAGAAUCAUUAAUUUCAGCAUUUUUCAAUUAUUUUUAGGAUUUUCGUUUUAUUAGUUGCUUCUUUUAAGCUGCAACAGAUAUUUCUCUACUUCAAGAAACAAGUACUUAAACUUUAAAGUAAAGAAUUACAAUGUUAUAACGGUUUAAUAAGUAUUUAUUAAUAAAAUGAUUUUAAGCAAACCAAAAGACAAUCAUGAUGGACAGUAAUUCAGUUAAGCUGUGAAUUAGGAAAUAGUUACAAUAAAAUUAUUCACCGUAAAUUACUUAAAGAAGUUUUUUGAGUUAGCUAAUAACUUGUAAUUAGACUUUUAACUUUAUUGUUUAAUGUUUAAAAAUUAUAUUUAAAAUUCAACAAAUCAAAAAUUACUAGAAAAAGUUAUGGAUUGCUUUCAGGAUUUAAGGUUUACAAUAUUUGCUUAAUGUGAAUGGGUGAAUUAAUUUAGCGAAGAAAUUAUUAUCUGUAACAUUUAAUUUAAAUAAAUAGUUUUUAAAAAUACUCCAAAAUUAUUUCCUUCAUACACUAAAUAUAAAAUAUUUAUAGUAGAAGAAGAUUCUGAUACAGAGAUCAUUUGUAAAACAUAAAUUAUAGAAACUUAACAAUAAAAUAAAAGAAGGUCUUAUGUUUCAUCUGAAUAAGAUGCUAGUUUAUAUUUAUAAAGUUUGUGUUGUAAAUAAGAUCUAGAUUAACCCCUACAACAUAAUUCAGUUUUCGAAGAAUUUGAGAAUAUUGACAUAUUAAUUUUAUUUGUCUUGGAUCCUAUUUAAAUUUCGUUAGCUUCCCUUUGGGUAAAUUAUUAUUGCUCAAAUUAGGGUGAAAAUUUUCCAAAAUUGCCUGACAUAAUUGAUAGUGACAAAAAUAUUUUUAAAUAAAGAUCAACUAAUAAUUUGAGUAAAUAUUAAGUUUACAGAUCUUUUAAAGCUUUAUAAAUACUAACAAAUACUGAAAAUUUUAAAAAUUUAUUGGGUUAAUAUUCAUAAAUUUUUUUGAAAAUAUGUAAAUAUCAUAAUUAAUAAUUAGUUUCUUUUAUUAAUAUCACUUUAUAUGAUGAAACAAAAAAUUUAAAUUUACAUCAUCUUGCAAUUUUGAUAAAAUUUUUAAUCAAUUUAUAACCUAAGUUUUGUAUAAAAUAACUUAUUGAAUAAAAAAUAUUCCCAAAAUUGUUAGAAUUGUCUUAUAAUUCUUCAAUAAAUUAGCUAUUGAUUGAAAUAAUUAAUUUUAAUGAAGAUAUUAUAAAAUUAGGAAUUUACUAUUUAGAAUAGUUAUGGUCCUAUUUACAUCAAAUAAACUUCUUGUAAUUACUUUCUAAUUAUUCAUUUGAUAUAUAACUAGUUGCAGAUUAUCCACUUCCUGAUUAAGCAGUAAUAUUAAUGACUAUGAAAGGCCUACAAUGAAAUAUUUUAAAUAAUUAAAGCAUUGUCUAUAUUUGAUCCAGAGAUACUAUAAAAAAAAUUGCUAAAAUAAGAAACUCAAGAUAUUUAAGAAAUCAAAGUCAUUGAUCCACUAAAUGAUUACGAUAAUUUAGUGACAUUUUAAAAUGAGAAAUAAGAAAAAUUGAAAAAAGCAGAAGAUGAUAUACUUAGAAGACAAUCCUCUAUUUCAAUAAACUAAAACAAGAGUAAAGUUCACUAAAUCUAAAAAAAAAAAUCAAAUAAUUUUUAUUUACCAAAAAUAUAAUCUACUACUUCAUGUUAAGAUAGUCAAAGUCUAGAUAAUAAAAUAAACUCUUCAAGUAUAAAAGCAUCUCCUUUAAUUAGAAGAAAUUAAAGUAAAAAAAAAAAUAAAACUGAACAAGAUAAUGAUUUAAAUUCAAAUGAUGGAUUUUCAAGUAGUAAACUUGUUUAAAUCUAUCCGACAACUAUGAUUUUUUUAUCUGAUUUUGAAAAAGAAAAAUCAUUUUUUAAUAAAACUAAUUUCUCAGAGAAUCAUUUAAGGAUGCUCAUUUUAUUAUUCGAUUAAUUAAUUGUUUAUGCUGAAUAACAAUAAGAAAUGUAGAAAAAAUUACCCAAAACUUCAAUUUUUAGUAUUAAUAAAUUUGCAGAUUUAAUAAUGACUGAAAAGAAUAUUUCGUCCUUUUUCAAAGUUUUUUUAUAUUCAAUUUUAGAAAUUCCACAUAAUUCUAAUUCAUUAUCUGUAGAAUGUGGAAUUUUAUUGAAUAAUCUUUACGUAAAAACAAAAACUAUUUAAAUCUUUGAAACUUAUUAGGAUUUAUUAAAAAACUAAUUUUAAUUAAUAAUUGAUUAUUUAGUUAAAUGUAUAGUUUAGUUAAAUUCGAUAAAAUCAAAGCAAGAUUCAUCGUCUUUUGCUUUUAAGUAGUAUAUUUUAAUUUCUUUAAUGACACAUGGAUUGCUAUUGUAUGACAGGUAACAUUAUAUGAUUAAGGUUGAUAAAAAUUUAAAAAGCGUUUUCAGAAAUUUAACAGAUACUAUGCUUCAUAUAAUUAUCAUAUGGUUUUCAGAUAGUUAGUAGAACACAAUUUAUUAAUAACUUUUCACUAAAUUUAUUACCAUCUAUUUCGCAGGAGCUCCAAUGCCAUAUUUAUCAAAUCUUAUUUUUAAAUUAGGAUUAGUUAGCUCUUUAUAUAAUGCAUAUAAAAAAUUUUAUUAAAAUGAAAUAAAGGACACAUCAUAUGUGGAAGGAGUUUUUUUUCAUAUUCUACUAAUAAAUUAUAUUAUAAGAAAUGCAAUAAAAGUGAGAAAUUUAAUUGAAUUAUAAAGUGCUUUAAUUAUAUUAGAUUCAUGGCAAUAGCUUGAACAAGCUCAACCUUUUGAAAAUCUUAAAGCUUUAAAAAAUGCAGAUUAAUUCAUAAAUAUAGAAUAACCUAAAUUGAUAGAAAAAAUUUAGCCUAGGAAAAAUGAAGAAAAGAACAAUAAAUUAUUUAAAACUAAAACAUAAAUAAGUCAAAAAGUAAAUUCCCUUAUGUCUUUUUAAAAGUAUCUAAAAAAUAUAUUUUUUAGAAAAACAAGCGAACCCAAUACUAAUCCAACAGUUUAAAUGGUUAGGCCAUAAUAAUCAUAGAGGAAACUUAUUUGA